AUGGAGGGCGACAUGGCAGCCCUGUCCAAGUCAGCCGGGCUGUUCGAAGUGUUGGUCCCAGAAUAUAAACAGCUCAAAGCAUGCCGCAGGGAGGUGCGCUUGCUGAAGGAGCUCUGGGACAUGAUUGUCUUGGUUAACACGAGCAUUGAUGACUGGAAAACCACCAAGUGGAAGGACAUCAAUGUUGAGCAGAUGGAUAUUGAUUGUAAGAAAUUUGCUAAAGACAUUCGGAGCUUGGAUAAGGAGAUGAGAAGCUGGGAUGCGUUCACAGGGCUGGACAACAGCGUGAAGAACAUGAUAAAGUCCCUGCGCGCUGUGAAUGAGCUGCAGAACCCAGCCAUCAGGAACCGGCACUGGCAUGAGCUCAUGCAGGCAACCAAGGUGAACUUCACCAUGUCUGAGGACACAACCCUUGCAGAUCUGCUGCAGCUGAACCUGCACAACUUUGAGGAUGAGGUUCAUGGCAUCGUGGACAAAGCCAUGAAAGAGUCGGGGAUGGAGAAGGUGCUGGAUGCCCUGGAUGCUACCUGGGCAACAAUGCAGUUUGAGCAUGAGCCCCACGCCAGGACCGGCAUCAUGCUGCUCAAGUCAGAUGAGGUGCUCAUCGAAACGCUGGAGGACAACCAAGUGCAGCUGCAGAACCUGAUGACCUCCAAGUACCUAGCCUUCUUCCUUCAGGAGGUGUCGGGUUGGCAGCAGAAGCUGUCGACCACUGACUCCGUUAUCAGCAUCUGGUUUGAGGUGCAGAGGACGUGGAGUCACCUCGAAAGCAUCUUCAUUGGCUCCGAAGACAUCCGCAGUCAACUGCCAGAGGACUCGAAGCAUUUUGAUGCUAUCGAUCAAGAUUUCAAAGAAUUAAUGGCCGAUGCAGUAAAAACUCCCAAUGUGAUUGAAGCUACAAACAAGCCUGGUCUCUACGACAAGCUAGAAGUGUUGCAGAAGAGAUUGGCGCUCUGUGAGAAGGCUUUGGCUGAAUACCUCGAGACCAAAAGACUGGCUUUUCCCAGAUUCUACUUUGUUUCCUCUGCAGACCUGCUUGAUAUUUUAUCUAAUGGGAAUGAGCCAGUUGAGGUGUCCCGUCAUCUGCCGAAGCUGUUCGACAGUCUGGCUAAACUGAAGUUCAAGAUGAGUCCGGACAAAAAGCCCCUAAUUUUCAGCAGGGACGAGGAGUACGUGCCCCUCGACACAGACUGUGACUUGUCUGGCCAGGUCGAGGUUUGGCUGAACCGAGUGCUGGAGAGCAUGCGCUCCACGCUGCGGUGCCUGAUCCCCGAGGCCAUGGUGACCUACGAGGAGAAGCCGCGGGAGCAGUGGGUGUUCGACUACCCAGCACAGGUUGCUCUGACGUGCACCCAGAUCUGGUGGACUACAGAAGUCGGCAUUGCCUUUUCAAGGCUGGAGGAAGGCUAUGAGAAUGCAAUGAGGGAUUACAACAAAAAGCAGAUUACUCAGCUAAAUGCACUGAUUUCACUACUCAUUGGAAACCUAACCGCAGGAGACAGGAUGAAGAUCAUGACAAUCUGUACCAUUGAUGUCCAUGCCAGGGAUGUUGUGGCCAAAAUGAUCCUUGCGAAGGGGUGCGUGGGAGCCAGGGAGGUGACAGCACGGCCGGAGCAGUUUUGCCUGUCCCUGCCGCACUCGGUGGGAGCCGGGAGCCUCGGCGCAGGGCUGUGCACCGCGGUCGGCGGGUGCUACAUCACCCUGACGCAGUCCCUCCAUCUCUUCAUGGGGGGGGCCCCCGCCGGCCCCGCGGGCACCGGGAAGACAGAGACCACCAAGGACCUGGGCCGGGCAGUGGGUAUUAUGGUCUACGUCUUCAACUGCUCCGAGCAGAUGGACUACAAGUCCUGCGGCAAUAUCUACAAGGGGCUUGCUCAGACCGGCGCCUGGGGCUGUUUCGACGAAUUCAAUCGCAUUUCAGUGGAGGUUUUGUCCGUGAUUGCUGUGCAGGUGAAAUGUAUCCAAGACGCAAUUCGCGCCAAGAAGAAAAAAUUCAAUUUCCUCGGAGAGACGAUCGCUCUGAUCCCGUCGGUCGGGCUGUUCAUUACCAUGAACCCUGGCUACGCAGGACGGACAGAACUGCCUGAAAAUUUAAAAGCUCUGUUCAGACCCUGCGCCAUGGUGAUCCCCGAUUUUGAACUGAUCUGUGAAAUCAUGCUUGUUGCAGAAGGUUUUAUUGAUGCUAAGCUUCUAGCAAGAAAGUUCAUUACUUUGUACACACUCUGCAAAGAGCUACUAUCUAAACAGGACCAUUAUGACUGGGGUCUGCGGGCUAUCAAGUCCGUGCUGGUGGUAGCUGGCUCCUUGAAGAGAGGGGACCCUGGCCGUGCUGAGGACCAAGUUCUGAUGAGAGCUUUGCGAGACUUCAACAUCCCCAAGAUCGUGACAGACGACUUGCCCAUCUUCAUGGGGCUGAUUGGAGACCUGUUCCCAGCCCUGGACGUCCCCAGGAAGAGGGAUCUCAACUUUGAGAAGAUCAUUAGGCAGUCCAUGCUGGAGCUGAAGCUGCAGGCAGAGGAGAGCUUCGUGCUGAAGGUGGUGCAGCUGGAGGAGCUGCUGCAAGUGAGACAUUCCGUCUUUGUGAUCGGCAACACCGGCUGCGGCAAGUCCCAGGUGCUGAGGUCACUCAACAAGACGUACCAAAGCAUGAAGCAGAAGCCGGUCACUGUGGACCUCGACCCAAAGGCUGUGACCUGCAAUGAGCUGUUUGGGGUUAUUAAUCCGUCCACGCGAGAGUGGAAGGAUGGUCUGUUUUCUUCAGCGAUGCGUGACCUGGCCAACAUCACACAUAAGGGGCCCAAGUGGAUCAUCCUCGAUGGAGAUAUUGACCCCAUGUGGAUCGAGUCCCUGAACACAGUCAUGGAUGACAAUAAGGUUCUUACCUUGGCCAGCAAUGAGCGCAUCCCCCUCAACCCCACCAUGCGGCUUCUCUUCGAGAUCAGCCACCUGCGGACCGCCACGCCGGCAACUGUGUCCCGGGCAGGAAUCCUCUACAUCAACCCCACGGACCUGGGCUGGAACCCCGUUGUGACCAGCUGGAUUGAGACGAGGACGGUGCAGUCCGAGAAGGCAAAUCUGAUGAUCCUCUUUGACAAGUACCUGCCAGUGUGCCUAGAGAAGCUCAAGUCCGGAUUCAAGACGAUCACCCCUGUCCCCGAGAUCACGGUGAUACAGACGGCGCUGUACCUGCUGGAGUGCCUCCUGACGCCGCAGACCGCCCCGCCGGACUCGCCCCGGGAGCUCUACGAGCUCUACUUCGUCUUCGCCUGUGCCUGGGCCUUCGGCGCGGCCAUGUUCCAGGACCAGCUUGUGGAUUACCGUCUGGAGUUCAGCAAGUGGUGGGUGAAUGAGUUUAAAACCAUCAAGUUUCCUUCUCAGGGGACAAUUUUUGACUAUUACAUUGAUCCGGAAACAAAGAAAUUCAUGCUCUGGACUGAAAAGGUGCCAAAAUUCAACCUCGAUCCCGAAGUCCCUUUACAGGCCUCCAUGGUGCACACGACAGAGACCAUUCGCAUUCGCUACUUCAUGGACCUGCUGAUGGAGAAGCAGAGGCCAGUGAUGCUGGUGGGGAACGCGGGGACGGGAAAAUCGGUCCUGAUGUGGGACAAGCUUGAAGCGCUCAGCACAGAUGAAUACCUCGUGCAAUCUGUGCCCUUUAACUUCUACACCACCUCGGCCAUGCUGCAGG